GGAGGACCUCCCCUUUCCCUGAACACACUGAGUUGCACACCCCCAUCCCCACAGCACCCUUCUUUUCCACCAGAGCCCUGUGGUCUUGGUAGGAAUUAUCUGUGACGCGGCUCCCUCACCUGGCAGCCGUUGCCCUCAGCUGGAGAAGAUGAAGGCAUCCGUGGUCCUCUCCCUUAUUGGGUACCUGGUGGUUCCAAGUGGUGCUGCUGUCUUGGGGCGCUGUGUGGUGGCUAAGAAGCUCCACGAAGGAGGCCUGAGUGAUUUUGAGGGCUACAGCCUUGAAAACUGGGUGUGCCUGGCUUAUUUUGAGAGCAAAUUCAACCCCACGGCCGUCUACGACAACUCGAAUGGUAACUUCACCGGCUACGGCCUCUUUCAGAUCCGCAACAAUGACUGGUGUGACCAUGGCAAGAACCGUUGCCACGUGUCCUGCUCUGCUUUACUGAAUCCGAAUUUAAAUGAGACAAUUGAAUGUGCAAAGAAAAUUGUAAAAGGAAAAAGAGGGAUGGGAGCAUGGCGCUCCUGGUCCCUGAACUGCCGGUACUCUGACACUCUGGCGCGGUGGUUGGAUGGAUGCGAUCUGUAG